CUGACCACCACCAUGACCACCACCACCUCCUCCUCCCAAAUUCUCCGCCACACCACCGCAUUUGUAUCCGAAACACUCUCCCAACCUGAGCUCCGCCGCCACCUAUUCUCCACCCUCCGCCGCAAAUUCCCCUCCUCUGCCUCCCAAGCCGCCCUCAACCCCCUAAACCUCGCCGCGGAGACCCUAGAGAACGCCAUCUCCUCCACCAGCCCAGCCAUUCGAGCCUCCUCUCUCAGCCUCUCCGAAAAGCUCCUCCUCACGAACCCCUCAAACCCCUUCUCCUCUCUCCUCCUCUCCCUCAUCUACGGCCUCUACCGCCGCCCCAUCGAAGCGGCUCUCAGCCUCCUCGACAUCUUCCACACCGACCCUUCAUUCGCUCGAACUGAACUCGCCCCUGUACUUUUCGAAGAGCUCUUUCUAGUCCACCUCCUCCCUGUUCUUCAUUGGUACAAUGAGCAAAGAACACAAAUAUUACCCACUUUGUCAACAAACGUUAGUUAUGAAAACGACGACUGUUCCAUAUCCGACAUGUCUGUCGUUUUUCCAUGCUCGAAAUCUUUGUCGAAGAUAGAGCUGAAGGAGCUGGAGAGCAAUUAUGAGAAAGUUCUUGAUGAAAAUUGCAGGGUUUUUAGUAAUUACUUCAAACAAGUUUUGGAAAAUAAAGAUGCAAGUCGACUGAUUGAUCCACCCACAGUGAUGUUGAAGAGGAUUGAGAGGGUUGAUCAAGUCAAGUAUGGAGAUGAUGAACAGAGGAUCAAAACAGAGGAACCAGGAUUUGAAAACGGACGGUAUAAUCCAAUAUGGGCUGAAGCAGAAGCAUCAGUUGAAUUGUUCAGCAGCAGCAGGGGAAGAAAACCCAAGUCUCCACCACCAGCUUAUCCUCAAAGAGUUUAUCUUAAUAAUAUCCUGACGGUCCAGGAAGAAUCUUCCUGGAGGUUGGAAGCAUCGGCCAAUGUGAAUUCAGACUCUGAGUCAGAAUCUUCGUUGGAGGACAACUCAGUUGGUUCUUCUUCUUCUUCAUUGGAUUCUGAAGCUGAAAUUGAGGAAAACAACAGAGAAAUGGAGUUGUUUGAGGCUACAAAGAGCCAAAUUCAAAAACUAAAGCAACCCAUUUCUGCAGAGUCAAGUAGUUCUCCAGAUCGGCUCAUGGCAGAUUCUGAUAGCACCUCUGGUGGUGGUGGAAAAAAUACUCCUCCCAAGGACUUUGUGUGUCCCAUAACUAGCACCAUUUUUGAUGAUCCUGUGACACUUGAGACCGGCCAGACAUACGAGCGAAAAGCGAUCCAGGAAUGGAUUGAAAGAGGGAACUCAACAUGCCCAAUUACCCGCCAGAAUCUGCAGAGCACCCAACUGCCUAAAACCAACUAUGUGCUCAAACGUCUUAUUGCAAGUUGGCAAGAACAGAACCCUGCUUGUGCAGUCUUAAACCUAUCGCAGAAUACAAGCCCGGUGGCUGACCCAGUUGUUAAGUCCAUAAUGCCUUCAACUUCUCCUGACAGUGUUAUAAGCCAAGCCAGCCUUGAUGGUGCAGUUGGAGAGUUAAGACAUGCAAUUACGAACCUUUGUAUGUCAGAAAUUCUCAAGGAGUCUGAACUGGCUGUUCUUCGAAUCGAGCGAUUCUGGCAGGAAGCAAAUGUGGAAUGGGAUAUUCAGAGUUUACUCACAAAACCUCCUGUUAUUAAUGGUUUCGUGGAGGUUCUUUUCAAUUCUGUUGAUUCCAGUGUGUUGUCAGCUGCAGUUUUUCUACUGUCUGAGCUGGGGUCAAGAGACAAAGCUGUGAUCCAGACACUGACCCGGGUUGACUCUGAUGUCGAAUGUAUCGCAACUCUUUUCAAUAAGGGGUUGAAGGAGGCUGUGGUCUUGAUAUAUCUGUUAAGGCAUUCCAUCCCUAAUCUAAUUGAGUUGGACAUGGUGGAUUCUCUCUUAAUGGUUAUUAGGAAGGAAGAUAAUGAUUUGCUUAACAUGUGUCUAAAGCCAAGAACAGCUGCAGUGGUUUUACUGGGGCUGAUUCUUGGUGGCAGUGGAGAGGGCAUUGCCUCCUCAAUUGUUAAUACUGUGAUUUCUGAAAAAGCACUUGAAAGAAUCACUAGCAGUUUGGAAUCUGAAUCGGUAGAAGAGAGGAUUGCAGCAGUUGGGAUCUUAUUGAGAUGUAUGCAACAAGAUGGAAAGUGCAGGAACACAAUAGCUGAUAAAGCUGAGUUGGCUCCUGUUUUGGAUAGCUUUAUGGGUGCAAAUGAUAGAGAACGGUUUGAGAUUGUUCACUUUUUCUCCGAGUUAGUUAAGUUAAACAGAAGGACAUUCAAUGAACAAAUCCUGCAUAUUAUAAAGGAUGAAGGUCCUCUCAGCACAAUGCACACCCUCCUUAUUUAUCUUCAGACAGCACUUCAAGACCAGUGUCCUAUUGUGGCUGGCCUACUACUUCAACUUGAUCUUCUGGCAGAGCCGAGAAAGAUGAGCAUAUACCGUGAAGAGGCAAUAGACGUUCUCAUCUCAUGUCUCAGAAAUGUGGAGUUCCCUACUGCUCAAAUUGCUGCUGCUGAGACAAUUAUGUCGCUGCAAGGGAGGUUCACCACUUCCGGAAAGCCUCUUACCAGGGCUUUCCUUCUGAAACGUGCUGGCCUUGACAAAAGUUACAAAAGUAGUGUGCGAAUGGAUCAACUUAGCAACUUUUCUGGAGAAGAUGAAACUCUUGAGGAAGAGAAGGCGGCUAAUAAUUGGGAAAGAAAAAUGGCAUUUGUUUUAGCAAGCCAUGAGUUUGGUCUACUUUUUGAGGCUUUGGCAGAAGGCUUGAAGAGCAGAUAUGCAGAAAUAUGUUCAGCAUGUUUUGUGUCAGCCACAUGGCUCGCACACAUGCUCGAUGUUCUUCCAGACACAGGAAUACGUGGAGCAGCCCGGGUCUGCUUGCUCAAACAUUUCAUAUCGAUAUUCAAGUCUGCCAAGGACACUGAAGACAAAGCCCUCUCUAUGCUGGCAUUGAACAGCUUCAUCCAUGAUCCUGAAGGGAUGAGUGAGGUAACUUCUUCAAUAAAGGAUAUCGUAAAAGGCCUGAGAGAGCUUAAGAGAUCCACUCCCUUGGCAUUUCAAAUGCUAAAACUAUUUUCUGAGGGGCAAGACUCUAGCGCAGAACUGUGGGAUCAUAAAGAAUUAGUUCAGGUAGAUUGCAGUGAGAAUGGAGAGGUUCUUUCAUUAGUUUGCUUCAAGGAUAAAAUAUUUUCGGGCCAUUCAGAUGGAACUAUAAAGGUAUGGACAGGUAAAGGCAGCGUACUUCAUCUAAUCCAAGAAAUUCGAGAACACACAAAGGCAGUUACUAGCUUGGCAAUUUUGCAAUCAGGGGAGACUCUAUACAGUGGUUCACUUGAUAGAACUACAAGGGUAUGGUCUAUUAGCAAUGAAGCAAUUUAUUGUGUACACGUACAUGAUAUGAAGGAUCAAGUUCAUAGUUUAGCCGUCACCAAUACCCUUGCUUGCUUCAUUCCACAAAGUACUGGUAUCAAGGUUCAUUCAUGGAAUGGAGGAUCCAAAUUGUUAAAUUCAAGUAAAUAUGUAAAGUGCUUCGCUCUAGUACACGGGAAAUUGUAUUGCGGAUGCCAUGACAGUGGUAUUCAGGAGAUUGAUUUGGCCACAGGAACACUCAGUACCAUUCAAAAUGGCACUCGGAAAUUACUUUCGAAAGCAAAUCCUAUCCAUGCCAUUCAAGUUCACAGUGGACUUAUAUAUGCAGCCAGUUCUUCUGCGGAUGGAGCAGCCGUGAAGAUUUGGAAUGCUGCAAACUUCAGUAUGGUUGGAUUUCUGCCAACUACAUUAGAAGUGCGGACAAUGGCCAUAAGCUCGGAACUAAUUUAUUUGGGAGGUAAAGGAGGAAGCGUGGAAAUAUGGGACAGGGAGAAGCAGAACAGAAUAGACACCCUACAAACUGGUACCAAUUGUAAGGUUCUUUGCUUGGCUCUUGAUGCCAAUGAGGAAGUUUUGGUCACUGGAACUUCUGAUGGCCGAAUCCGGGCAUGGGGGCUGAGCUAAGAAAAGGACUUGGUAACUUCGGUGGACGGAAAUAUAUUUUGCUGGAAGAGCAGCUGAAGAUGGAUUAUUUUUUAUUUUAUUAAAAAAAAUGAAAUUCUUUGCAAUAUUUCUUCUUUGUCAGGGAGCAUUUCAUGGAAAAUAUAUAUUGCUUUAGCCAAAAUAAAGACAUAUCAGAUGUAGAACACUGAGAAUUGUAAUGCGUUUUGUUGUAGAGUUGUACAGAGACUGAGUUUACGCAGAGAAUAAAAGAAAAGAAAUUCCCAAGUCAA